AUGUCCGAAUCUAGAGAGAAAGAGGACGAGAAACUUCCAAUCCCAGCUUCAGAAGAUUUGAGCGCCGUGACAACUGAACAUGGCGUGGAGUUUGCGCCGAUUAAAGCUAUACCGAUAGAUAUACCCAUUUCGAAAUUGAAUACGAAAGGAAGUCGGACCAAUUCACUGAUACGAACGCGCUCAUCGAAUGGCUUUGGUUGCGAUGAUCCAGAGAAUACUUGGGAUGGUAGUGGUGGUGAUAUUGAAGGACAAGGAGUCGAUGAGAAAGAUCCGUUUGAGGUUCGAUUUGAGGGCGGCGAUAGUGAUCCCAUGUGUCCAAGAAGCAUAACUCAUGGAAGAAAGUGGCUGGUGGUUAUCAUUGUUAGUGCAAGCUCAUUCUGCGUUACCUGUGCUUCAUCGAUGUAUACCAGUACAUACGCUCAGCUCGAGAAGGAAUUUAAUUGCUCAAGAGAAGUUGCAACCCUCGGACUUUCCAUGUUCAUUCUGGGACUUGGUCUGGGACCUAUGUUGCUAGGACCCCUUUCUGAAUUCUAUGGUCGUCGUCCAAUCUAUAUCUUCUCCUUUACCUUCUUCCUGAUAUGGCUCAUUCCUUCGGCAGUAGCGCAAAAUAUUCAGACUCUGAUCAUAGCAAGAUUCUUCGAUGGCCUUUCCGGAAGCGCUUUUCUCUCUGUCGCUGGAGGCACCGUGGGAGAUAUGUUUAACCGAGAACAACUUCAAGCCCCUAUGCUGAUCUAUACAGCAUCGCCAUUCAUAGGUCCAUCGUUUGGUCCAAUGAUCUCCGGAUUCAUCAAUCAGUACACGUCUUGGCGUUGGACUUUCUAUGUUUUGAUUAUCUGGUCAGCCUGCAAUUUAAUAUUGAUUUUUCUUCUCGUCCCUGAAACUUACCACCCGGUUGUCUUGAAAGCAAAAGCCCGCAAAAUCCGAAAGGAUACUGGCGAUGACCGUUGGUAUGCACCCAAUGAAAGGCUCAAUAAGUCAAUCCCGAAAACUAUUGGCCUCUCCCUCCUUAGGCCUGGUCAAUUAUUGAUCUUCGAGCCCAUGUGCCUCAACCUCUGCAUAUUCUCAGCGAUCUUGCUUGGUAUUCUAUACCUAUUCUUUGGAGCUUUCCCUCUCGUCUUUGAGGGAAACCAUGGAUUUCAACAGUGGCAGGUUGGCUUGUCAUUCGUAGGGUUGUUCAUAGGAAUGCUCAUCGCAGCGGCUACCGACCCCUUCUGGCAUAAAAACUAUGUAAGACUAAUCAAGCAGAGAGAAGGAGUGACGGGAGAGGUCGGUGGAUCCGAACCAGAAUAUCGUCUACCUCCUGCUAUUCUUGGAGCCAUUCUUGUUCCUAUCGGUUUAUUUCUCUUUGCAUGGACGACAUAUUCAUCGGUUCACUGGGUGGUUCCUAUCAUUGGAUCAGGGAUUUUCGGAAUGGGAACCCUUCUUGUCUUUACUGGCGUCUUCACCUUCCUAGUCGAUGCGUACCCACUCUAUGCAGCCAGCUCCUUGGCAGCGAAUAGUUUCAUGAGAAGCUCCUUCGGAGCCGCCUUUCCGCUCUUUGGUAUUCAAAUGUAUCACAAGCUCGGCGAUCAAUGGGCAACGAGUCUCCUGGCGUUUUUGACGCUUGUCAUGACGCCUUUCCCAUACCUCUUCUUCAAAUACGGGAAGCGGAUCAGGGGCCAUAGUCGUUUUGCGUCCGCGUGA